CAUGCAACAAGUGGCUCCAGAAGUGCAAACUAUUUUUGAAGAAUUACUUAAACCUGUUUUAGAGAGAAUUGAAGUUUUAAAAGAAAAAGAUCAGUCAAAUGAGUUACAAAUCAAAAAUCUAUUUGACCAAAUGAGCGAAUUGAAAACUUUGAUAGGAAACCUAAAACCAAUAAAAGUCGAAGAAGAAAAGAGUAAGAAUAAGUAAUAUUUAAUAGAGAUUGUCAAAUAAGAUCCUAAAAAGGAUAAUCAUUAAAAUAAUGGUAUUUUGAAAUUAGUAUAUUCCCACCUUAGGAUAAGAGGUAAAAAAGAUCGACCGACCAUCUACUGCUGCAGUCACUAAAAACCCUAUUCCUGUAAAAGGAAAGGAUCCUAAACCUACAACAGCUCCAAAACCUUUAAGUCAGAGCACAAUUGUUGAAAAAACAACAGCACCUAUUGACAUUGAAAAAAGUAUUUAAACUUAAAUCAUCUUUUAAUAGAUUAACCAAAAUCUCCUAAAGAGGGAAAUCAAAAUAAAACAAAAUAAUAGUAGCAAUCCUAAUAAUAGCCACCCUAACCAAAACCUAAACCGAUAGUCCAACCAUAAUAAAAAUAAUUAUAACAAAUUAAAGAAACCAAAGAAACUAAAGAACAACCAAUUAAAUAGGCACCCUAAUAAAAAGAUGAAAAAAAGGUUGAAAAAUAACCACCUAAACCUAAAACUGCUUAGCCAACCUCCUAACCAAUAUAGGCAGAAAAAAAGGAGGAUAAAAAAGACACUAAAAAAACAGAUACAAAAAAUACUUCAAAACAUACCACUAAAUAACCUGAGCAGAAAGUAGCAGAAAAGAAAUCUGACGAUAAAAAGAUAGUGAAGAAAGGGAAAUUACCUGAAGAAACUUAAAAUAAAAAUGAACAAUAAACUGAUGAAUAAUUUUAACAAUAAUAACAAAAUGUACCCAAGUCUUAAGAUAAUAGUGAAUAGAAAUAAUAAGACGAGUAACUUUAAUAGUAAACAGUUGAAUAAAAAGAAAUUUAAGAGACUUAAACAGAUGUUCCAGCAAUUGAGAAUUUGGAAGCCUAAGAAUAAGCAGUAAAAUAAUUAUCAGAAAAUUAAGAGUAAUUGACAUAGAACCAACAGGCCUUAGAAGUUAAUGAAAAUUAACCAGAAAAAUUUGAAAAUCAAUAAUAAUAAGAAGUAGUUUGAUGUUAUUUAAAUAUUAGCAUGAAUAUUUU